AUGGACCUGGACCGUCGUGACUCGCGAGCUGAAGCAGUCCAUUCGCGGACGCCGAUCAAAUUGUCGGGCUCGACCAUGUUCAGUUGGGAACGAGCAGUAGACUGGAAGCUUUCCGCUUCGACCGAGCCUGAGUCGAUGCGAGAAUCCUCGCGCCUUCUUGAGGCUGAGCUCGCUGUUGGAAGUCAUUGUCUCUCCUUCAACUUCAGUUCUGAUCAGCACUUCGUCCUCUCAUUGGUAAAGUCACUCUCAUUGCAUCCGGUCUGCCCCGAGUUUCAUAAAACGAAGGCGCCAGCGAAGGCUCCCGCGAAGCUCGACGUCAACGCCGCCGUGAAAGCGGCCGCCCUGAGCACAGUUGCCGCGACGCCGGAGAAGCCGAAGCCAAAAAUCAAGAGCGAGACGCCCAAGCCACCACGAACCCCAGCUAAGAAGAAGGAUCCAGGACACGUCGCCGAGUUCCUCCCUCUCGCGAAAGACGAAGGUGUGACGAUUCCAGUCACAGUCAAAGUCGACGGUGGCAACGUCCACGCCAAUCCCACGUCGAGCGGAGGCUACCACCUGCUGCUGAAGCUGGACGCUCCCAACUCCUUUCAGUUGACCAAGACGAUCAUCCUCGACAGCGGUCCCUACGCCGGGCAACAAGCCAUCGUAAUCCGCCCGUCCAAACCCUUCGAGUUCCUCGGACUGCCCGACGAAGCCCGCAACCGCGUCUACCGCUUCUACUUCGCCUCCGCUGGUUCCACCACCGACCGAAUCAGCCUCGACGGAAAGCGUACCUCCAACAGAGAGAUCUACGCAAAGACCUACGCCGGCGGAAGCAAGUACCGCGUCGCCCUACUCGCCGUCAACAAGCAGAUAACCGCCGAAGCCCUCCCUCUCCUAUACCUCCACCCUCUCCGCCUCGAAAACACCGCCUUGACAGUCGACUUCCUGUCCGAACUCUCCAAAUCCACUGUCUCGCACCUCACCUCCAUCGAGAUCAAAUCCUGGGAUGGGUAUAAAUUCUUGGAGGCGUUUGGCAAGGAGAGGGGAAACAAGGAAGCGGGGAUCGAGGUUCUCAGUUUUGGAAAGGCGGCGCUGCAGAUGAAGGAUUCGGGGGCUACGCCGAAGAAUUAUACGGUGGAGAUGGUGGAGGUGUUUAAGGAGGAGUUGAAGGCGAAGAUGAAAUAA